GAUGAUGUGAGGCAGAAAGUGCACCUAAAUACCUUUGGCUUCUUCAAGGAUGGUUUCAUGACAGUCAAUGUCAGCAGCCUUUCACUGAAUCCACCCGUGCGCCCUGAAGACAAGAAGAGCUUAUUAGUGGGGUUCAGUUUGGAUCGGACAAGGAAUGAUGGGUUCUCCACUUACCUGGAUGAAGAAGUGGAUUACUGUGUCUUGAAAAAGAAACCAGAGCAAGAUGUCUCUGUUGUAAUCUUACUUCUGGACUACACUGAUAAUGUUGUGACAGUACAGUUCCCUGCAGAAGCUGCUGCUUUGUUACCUAAAAUUUCAUUCAUAUCUGAGGAGAAUGUUACUGCCUUCAGUACCAAGCCACUGAAAACUUCUGAACAGAGCAAUGAUUCUGAUAAAAACCCUGCAAAGACCAGCCCAAAUACAGAAAAAGAUAAGAAGUCCAAACGAAGUACAACAUCCUCCCAGCACAUAGUGGAACAAAAACAUCCUGUUCGCAAUGACGAAGGAACUUGGUCAUUCCAGUUCUUUUUUAACAUCACCUCUGAUAAGCAAGAAGGUCUCUACAGCCUGUAUUUCCAUAAGUGUGCUGGCAUCAAUGGGGCCACUAAUGUUCAGCGUGUAUUUAGUCUUGAUAUAGAAAUUACGGAGAAGAAUCCUGAAAGCUACCUCUCAGCAGGCAAGAUCCCACUGCCAAAACUUUACGUUUCCAUGGCCCUGUUCUUCUUCCUCUCUGGGACUGUGUGGAUCCACAUACUCCGUAAGCGCAGAAAUGAUGUAUUUAAGAUUCACUGGCUAAUGGCAGCCCUCCCUUUCACAAAGUCUCUGUCCUUAGUCUUCCAUGCGAUCGACUAUCACUACAUUUCUUGUCAGGGAUUUCCUAUUGAAGGCUGGGCUGUUGUUUAUUACAUCACUCACCUACUAAAGGGUGCCCUUCUGUUCAUCACUAUUGCCCUUAUUGGCACGGGCUGGGCUUUCAUUAAACACAUCCUGUCAGAUAAAGACAAAAAAAUCUUCAUGAUUGUCAUCCCCCUUCAGGUGUUGGCAAAUGUGGCAUACAUCAUCAUAGAGUCAACAGAAGAGGGGACGACUGAAUAUGGACUGUGGAAAGAAAUCCUCUUCCUAGUAGACUUGCUGUGUUGUGGAGCCAUCCUAUUUCCAGUGGUAUGGUCAAUAAGACAUUUACAGGAAGCUUCAGCAACAGAUGGGAAAGCAGCCAUUAACUUAGCAAAGCUGAAGCUUUUCAGACAUUACUACGUUAUGAUUGUGUGUUACAUUUACUUCACAUGGAUCAUUGCAAUUCUCGUAAAGAUUGCUGUUCCAUUCCAGUGGAAAUGGCUGUACCAGCUGCUGGAUGAAAUGGCCACACUUGUGUUCUUUGUCCUCACUGGGUACAAAUUCCGUCCAGCAUCAGACAACCCUUAUCUACAGCUUUCUCAAGACGAUGAGGAUGACUUGGAGAUGGAAGCUGUGGUGACAACUUCUGGAGUAAUGGAGGGCAUGAAGAAGGUCAAGAAAGUGGUGAACGGGUCAGCAGAGCCCCAGGGCGAGUGGGAAAGCACAGCAUGACAGACUGGACUCAGGCAGCACUUUCAGAGAAACUUUUUUUUUAAUUUAUUAAUAUUACUCUCAGUGGAAAGGGAGCAACUAGCACUUCCCAACACUGAGACUGCAGAGUGGGGUGUGUCUGGGGGGAGCAAAGCAGUGCAGAAAUAUAAUCAUUCCUUGGCUCAUAAAAUGAGAUCUCUUGGUACCAGCAAGGAGUGUGAAGCUUUCCUAGGGAUUUUGGGUAGCUUGUUCUUUUUUCCCCUUUCUGGAUCAGUUAGGUGUUCUGAAUUGUUUGCAGUUGCGUUCUUCAGGAUGUGUAAUACUGAUGUGAAGAAAGACCUUUAGUGUGUAUGUAAAGUAUAUAUUUUAUAUAAUGCUCAUUUAUAUAUAUACACACACUUGCUAUGUAACAUGUAUGCUGGGAAAUACAGCGUGUGUCAGAAGGUGGGAAAAGAAGAUAAGAGCUGUAAGUAUUCUUUUUUUUUUUUUUUUCCUUUUUAUAAACUCUCCUUGUGGCUUGGACAAAACAUUACAAACCAAAUGAAUAGAAAUAACUGCAGUUAUUA